AUGAGGAAGACAAGGCUUUGCAUUGGCAACAUUGCCAAGGCAUUGGAAGCGGCGUCUACUACGAUCCUCCUACAGGUCGCGCAAAAAGUGCAAGUUGGGGCCGUAAAAGAGCAAUGUUCUGCUCGAUGUUCAUUGUUUCGUCAGUAUGUAACGGAUCGAGAGGAAGAAGAAAGCUGUGAUGGAAUACAAUUUGUUACUCGUGAAGAAUGGAAAGCCCGUCCACCCGUUAGAACAACUGCAAUGGCUCUUCCGGUCGGCCAUGUUAUCAUUAUUCACACAUGUUUUGGAGCUUGUGAUAAUACACCGUAUUGCAAAAGGAAUGUAAGAACCAUUCAAGAUUAUCACAUGGACGAUAAAGGCUGGUGGGAUAUAGCAUACAAUUUCCUGAUUGGAGGAGAUGGUAGAGUGUAUGUGGGUGUUGGAUUUCAUAAUGUUGGGGAACAUACUAUUAACUACAACGACAUUUCUAUUGGAGUUGCCUUCCUAGGCAAUUUUGAUAAUAUGAUGCCAACAGUUCAAAUGCUGAAUGUUACAAAGGGACUUAUUAACUGCGGGAUUAAAAAAGGAUAUUUAACACCAUCAGUUGAAAUUCAUGGUCAUAAAGAUGCCACUUGCACCAAUUCACCAGGAAAGAAUCUAUAUGCAAAAAUAAAACAAUGGGACAAUUUUAUUGGUGGACGGUUGCCCAUGUAUCAUUGUUGCACGGAUCAAGAAAGGAUGAUACCGUCUGAUGGUAAACAGCGCCUGAGUGGAUGAAAGAAAAUCUUGGAAACUAUGGAGAAGCCUUGUUUGAAAUAUUGAAAUUAUAGUUAUGUAUUCAUAGUAAAUGUUUUCUGGUAUAUCCACAC